AUGUCAUUAGGAAGCAAUUAUGUUCGUGACAUGGAAAUUGGAAAUGAUACCGUGGUUCCAUCACUUAAGCUUCUGCUCGAUCUUAUAGUCCCAAGCAAAACCAGCGACAGAUGUCUUGGUCUUACCAUUAAUUUGGCUGCGUAUCUGAAGAUGAUGGGUAGUUAG